AGAAUUUAUCGGCAGAGAAGAGCGUGUUAGAAAAGAGAGAAAUGCUGUCCUAAAAACUUUGAAAUUCGCAUCAAUAGAAGUUUAAAAAGAAGAAAAAAGGAGAAGAAUCAAUUAUGAAAGAGGUAGAAAUUGAGGGAAAAUGAGAGAAAAUAUGAGGGUGAAUGAAGAGGUAUAUUUAUCUUACUUUGAUUUCAGCUUAAACAGCGACUCUUGUUUAUAUACAAUAAUUGCUUUCGGUGGUUCACGGAAUCCUUCUUGAACCAAAAAUUCAUACUAGCUUCAAUACUUAGCGUUUCUCUUCAUUUCAGUCACACCUUACGAUAUUUAGAGUUGCUGUUGAAGCUAUUGAAGAUCUCUUAAAGGGUAUCUGGACCUGGAAAGUGACAGAAGCUUCUUACCUGUUUCAGUAUUUUUGGGCAAACUCAUCUUUUCUGCAUCUCAUUGUGGUUACUGACCUUGCAUGCGGGCAAAGUUUGUAAUUUGGUAUGUAUUUGAUGGGCUGUUCAAAUGCAUGUUUCAUUUAAUCUUCAUUGCAUUGGGGUUAAUCCCAAUCACGUCAAUUUAAAUGGAGAGAAACCUGAACAAUAUUAAAAUGGAACAAUCAGACAUAUGUAAACAAUUUCAAUACAGUUCCAGGGAAUCUGGACAUGAGGGAUUCCCACCUGCAUCUCAAGCAUUUAUGCUAGAUGCUACAAGCAGCAGAAAUAAUAAUAUGAGACUUCCUGACCGAAAUGUAUCAGAGGUUAAACCUGUACUCAACUAUUCCAUACAAACAGGCGAGGAGUUUGCUUUUGAAUUUAUGCGUGACCGAGUUAAUCAUAAGAAGCCUAUUAUCCCAAAUGCUGCGGGUGAUCCCAAUAAUGCAACAGGGUAUAUGGAACUAAAAGGCAUUUUAGGCUUUAGUCAUACAGGGUCUGAAAGUGGAUCAGAUAUAUCAAUGCUCACCAUAGUGGAGAAAGGUCCAAAAGAAUUUGAAAGAACAAGCUCAUCUUUGCAUGAGGAGAGAAGCAACUAUGGGUCAGUUCAGUCAGUACCACGAACUUCAUUGGGUCAUGGAAGUCAAGGACCUAUACAAGGUUAUACCUCCUCAGGAGCGUCUGACAGCUUGACUGGAAAGAUGAAAGUUCUCUGCAGCUUUGGUGGAAAAAUCCUACCUCGUCCUAGUGAUGGAAAGCUCAGGUAUGUUGGAGGUGACACACGCAUUAUACGUAUAACUAGGGACAUCUCAUGGCAGGAGCUUAAGCAGAAAAUUAUAUCGAUAUAUGACCAAGCACAUGUGAUAAAAUAUCAACUUCCUGGAGAGGAUCUUGAUGCCUUGGUUUCUGUUUCAUCUGAUGAGGAUCUGCUGAAUAUGAUGGAGGAAUGGAAUGAAGUUGAAGGUAGAGAAGGAUCACAAAAGCUUAGAAUGUUUUUAUUCUCCAUGAGUGAUUUAGAUGAUGCUCAGUUUGGCCUGGGUAGUGUGGAGGGUGAUUCUGAGAUUCAGUAUGUAGUUGCUGUUAAUGGCAUGGACGUGGGAUCCAGAAAAAACUCGACCCUGCAUGGUUUGGAAAGCUCUUCAGGAAAUAAUUUAGAUGAGUUAGAUAGACUAAAUAUUGACAGGGAGAUGAGUAGAGUUGCAACUGUCUCAGUUGGAAUCAGUGCUUCACCAUUGACUGCUCAGCCCUUUCUUCAAAGUUCCUCCAAUGCCUACGAAACCCACCCACAGUUUUAUCAUGGCCAGUUGAUGGAUCACAGAGAAAAUGAGCAGUUCCUGCUGCACAACCAUCACAAUUCUUCCAAUUAUGCUCCUUUUGAAGAAACUGCUCAUUCAGUGCCGCUCCAUGGGCUUAUAAAUCAACAAGUAGGCUUGAAUGAAGGACGUCCAGGUACCAGCUUUCAGGUGCAUAAUUCACAGACAUUAGUGAAGGAGGAGAAGCCAAAGCUUGAUGGUUCAGUUCAGCAAGAGAGUGAACCUGAAAAAAUUCAUCCUGUAGAAAAAGUUUAUGCUGUUCCAGUUGAUGGAGCACCAGUUGGAGUUGUACCGCAAGGGCAUCUUCAUUCUCUGCCCUCAAAAAAUGAGGGAAGGUAUCUAGAACCUGAAAAGGUUUCUUCUUCUGUUGAUGCUGUGAAUUCACUCCAGGUUCCUAAAUCUAGUGAAGAUGAUCAAUGUUCCACAUCUGAUGGUACAUUUGGUCCAGUCCAUGCUGAUUCUGCUUCCAAUCUGAUUGAUUUGAAUUACUUUGAACCACCAGUGCCUCCUCAGAGAGUUUAUCGUUCGGAACGAAUACCACGAGAGCAAGCGGAGUUGCUGAAUAGGUUAUCAAAGUCUGAUGACUCUCUUGGUUCUCAGUUGCUUACUUCAAUUGCAGAAUCUGUCGAAAAGUUGCAUCAAAGUAAUUUUGCUUCCCAUUCGGAGCACUCCACAUCAACUUCAAAAACAUCAUAUGCAGACACUCAAACCAUCAAUAAUGGACUUGCUCAACUUCAGAAGUACAAGGAGUUCGCUGAUGCAGUGUCUCAGAUGAACAAAAAUUUUUCUGAUUCUGAAGAUGUGUUGGACAGGGAUGGUGUUCUUAAGGCCAACUAUGAUAAAGAUUACACUACAGGUAUAAAUAAGAAACACUUGAUUGAGGAAAUGGGAGAAGCUGGAUCUGGACAUCUUGCUGUGCGGCAAGUAACUGGUGUCAUGCCUCGGAAGGAUCCUGCAUCUAAUCUUUCAGAGCCUAAAAAGGUUGAGACAACUGGCAAGGAUUUCACUGGUAAAAACAAUCUUGGACCUUCUCAGCCAUUUUCUGGGACAGAGAGCUCAACUAAAGAUGUCUCAAAAGGUAUAACCCUUACUGGUGUUCCAGCAGCAAAGCAGGCAGACAUCAGUAUAGAUAUUAAUGACAGAUUCCCCCGUGAUUUCCUUUCUGAAAUAUUCUCCAGAGGGAUACCUGCUGAGGAUACAUCUGGCGUUAACCCAAUUCACAAAGAUGGAGCUGGCGUGAGUGUGAACAUGGAAAAUCAUGAGCCCAAGCGCUGGUCAUAUUUUCAGAAGUUGGCACAGGAAGGGUUUGUUCAAAAAAAUGCUUCUUCUACUGACCAGGAUCGUCUUGGUACUCCAUCUGCAAUUUCAAAAGCUGAAGAAGGAGAUCAGAAAUCUUAUCAUCGAACACCUUUGACAACUGAUGGAAUGUCAAUAGACCAUGAGUAUUCCCAAAUCAAUUUUGGUGAAGACAUUAAGAAAAAUUUACCAGAAAUGGUAGGAGCUGAAUCUACUAUGCUUUCAGAUUUUGUUCAUUCUCCAGUGAAAAACAGUGAAAGUAUGCAAUUUGAUGUUAUGAUGGAGAACCUAAAGUCACCAGAUUCAUGCUAUGAGGGUGCUGAGUUGGAAAGUAGGAAUGCUGGCCUACGCCUACCUCCUCUUGAUCCAUCUCUGGUAGAUUUUGACAUCAAUACUUUUCAGGUCAUAAAAAAUGAAGAUCUUGAAGAGCUGAGAGAACUGGGUUCUGGUACUUUUGGGACUGUAUACUAUGGAAAAUGGAGGGGAUCAGAUGUUGCCAUUAAGAGGCUAAAGAAGAUCUGUUUCACUGGUCGCUCAUCAGAGGAAGAGAGAUUGACAUUAGAGUUUUGGAAGGAAGCUGAAAUCCUUUCUAAGCUUCAACAUCCAAAUGUGGUAGCAUUUUAUGGCGUGGUGCAAGAUGGACCUGGAGGGGCUUUGGCUACUGUGACAGAGUACAUGGUUGAUGGUUCUCUUAGGCAUGUUUUACUUAAGAAGGACAGGUAUCUAGAUCGUCGGAAGCGGCUACUAAUAGCUAUGGAUGCUGCAUUUGGAAUGGAAUAUUUGCACUCAAAGAAUAUUGUGCAUUUUGAUUUGAAAUGCGACAACUUGCUUGUGAACUUGAAAGAUCCCCAACGACCAAUUUGCAAGGUUGGUGAUUUUGGCCUGUCAAAAAUUAAGCGAAAUACCUUGGUUUCUGGAGGUGUGCGAGGAACUCUACCAUGGAUGGCACCAGAACUGCUAAAUGGUAACAGCAAUAAGGUCUCAGAAAAGGUUGACGUUUUCUCCUUUGGAAUUGUCUUGUGGGAGAUCCUCACCGGUGAGGAGCCGUAUGCCAACAUGCACUAUGGUGCUAUCAUAGGAGGAAUUGUAAAUAACACAUUGAGGCCAACCAUUCCAAGCUUCUGUGAUCCUGAAUGGAAAAGGCUGAUGGAGCAGUGUUGGGCCCCUAAUCCUGCAGCCAGGCCAUCCUUUACUGAAAUUGCCGGCCGAUUGCGAGUAAUGUCGACAGCUGCUGCCCAAACUAAAGGACACAGUAACAAAACCUCAAAGUGAAUGUGACGCAACACUGGCAGUCCAUUAUUUGAGGAUUGCAUAUAUUUAAAAAGAAAUUAAAAACUUAAUUAUUUUGUCUCAUUAUAUUAGGUCUAUAGAUUUUAAUUGUAAUGGUUUUUGUUAUUUGAAAAAGAAAUUCAAAACUUAAUCAUUUUGGGUGUUUUGUUUUCUCGUUA